GAUUAACUUUCGUGCAGACUUCCAGAGACCUGCACCCACUAGUUGGUCGGUUUGUGACAGCUGGUAGUUCGAAAAAAGUUAUGCUAAAAUGAGCGAUUGUAACAUAGUGACUUUUGACGAAUAUUUUCCAAAGCAGUUUAGCCAAAGCGCAAUCGUUUGUUGAAUACACAGACAUUGCUUUUAUGUAAGACAAGCCUAAUGUACAGGCAACACGAAAAGAAGUGCGGAAUUGAUAAAUGAAUAUCUGAAUUUUCUGGGAAACAAAAACAGGAAGUUUGCUUUAUUUGGCUGACUCCAUUGGAAUAAGUCUCAAAGUAAUGUAACGUUCGUGUGUGUCAAGAUACAGGGCUCUCAAGAUAAAUCCCGGAACGUAAUCAUGAAUGGAUUCCUUAACUUUUGAACGUCACCGGACAUUCCAUUUUUGAUCCGCUCCUUUUUUCCCCUUUUACUUCACUCUUCUUUAAGCCGCUCACCUCGUAGCCGGUCAUGAUGAGUUGGUGCAACUUUUCCGGAACUGUAAGAAUUUGGAAAAUUGCAGUUGUAUUUCUGCAACUAGUCUCCACAGCACUGGGGAGGAGACACGUUAUCUACUGGAAUAGCACCAACACAAGGCUAAUGCAGGACGAUUUCUCCAUUGAGGUGAAACCGAACGACUACCUGGACAUCUACUGCCCCCACUACCCUCCCGGGGCGCCCACCUCCACACCUCCGGAGACCCUGGCGCUAUACCUGGUGAGGGAGGAGGAGUUCCGGGGGUGCGUGGAGACGGAGGGGGCCGUGAAACGCUGGGAGUGCAACCACCCCUACGCCCCCUUUGGCCCUGUGCGCUUCUCGGAGAAGAUCCAGAGGUUCACACCCUUCUCCAUGGGGUUCGAGUUCCUGCCCGGGCGCCACUACUUCUACAGCUCCCUGGCCACACAGGACAGCCCCCAGCUGCCGUGCAUGAAGCUCAAAGUCACAGUUUGCUGUCAGACCACAACAACAAGAUCAAAGCAGGAAACACCAGCACCUCACAGCAAGGUCAGCUCAGCAGCAAAGAAGACUCAACUCUCACUCUUCCUCCUCCUCAUCCCCCUCUACCUCCUCCCCUUCAUCUGACAUUCCCCCAUACACACGCACACACAAGGGGUCAGCGUACUGUAAGUUCCUACCUCUGUCUGAUGUACAAACAAUGGUACACAAUGAAUGGUGCGUGUACCGUAUGCUGUAUCCCCCAAGCCCAUACCUUGGGUCAGUUUCAGCUCUGUACAGCUAAAGGUUGAGGCUAGGGCAAGGGCUUGGUGAGCUGAUUUUGGAUUAAUUAUGAGAGAAAGAUUUUACCUGAACACAUACAUUUCUUAUAGCUUUUCUAAUUUGUAAACACAUUUAAACAUUAUACUUGAAGAUUCAUAAGGAGAAAAGUAAAUCACACUUUCCCACUGUCUUGCUCAGUUUCCUGGAAGCACAAUGAAUCUCUCUCUCUGUCAGCCACUCCCUUUUUUUCUUUCUCUCUCUCUCUCUCCACUGAUCAGUCUCCAGCUUCCUGUCCAUCCGUGCCCCUUUUGCCCUCUUCUCUUGGCAGAGUUUCUCAUGUGAAGUGGUGCUAAUCUCACAUCACUGCCUGGUCUUUUCAUUUCAUACCUUUGUGUCUGUUUUUCUCCUUUCUCACCUCUGUCUUGCUUCUGCCUUUGCUAUGUCUCUCUAUUUCUCUUCCUCUCUUUAACUUGAAGGGACCAAAGAGCAUGAAUGCAGGCCAGUUUAAAGUGCCUUUUUGAGCUUGCAAACCUGUGACUGAACUGAACAGCCACACUGUUAGCACUAACAAGGUCUGAAGUUGAUCAAAACAUUACCAAACCAAAAGACACUGUACUGAAUUUUUUAAAAGUGUCUUGAACAAGUCUAAUAUGGACCAAACAUUUUUUCAUGAGAACUCUUCCUGUGGGUUCAUAUGGGAUAAACCCAGACAGAUUUUUCUUCUUCAAGACUGUGAAAACUUGACAUCCUCUAUAACUGGAUAUAGGCCGUAUUGGUCUGGCUCGGGAUGAACUCUGCACUGCUGGAAUAGGCUGUGUGAAUGGAUGUAAGAGAGCCACAGCGUAGUACAUUGGACUGGGUUGGACUGCUUAAACCCUCCUCCCUCAGAACUCUCAAACCCCUCAGACCUCCAGUCAAAGCUCUCAUGGACCAGUGGGAAGAGGUUCACCAUUCAAGUAGCAGCACUUUUUCUUUGUCAGACCCUCUAGAAAAGUGGAUUCUGCUUGUUUUGGGAUUAUUUACUGAAUGCUAAAAUGUGCAUUGGCCUCUACCAAUGGGAGACUAUCAUACUGAUUUUUGAAAAGAGGACAUUCUUUGGGUAAAUGAAAAACUGUAUCUUUGGUUGUGACUACGCAACCAUAGAAUCAGUAGUGUCUCUCACUCACCACUCAAUCCAUAACUGUCCUAGAGUGCCACUCCCACAAAGUAACUACUUUAGCCACUAGAUGGUGGAAAGGUGCUGGUAAGGAAAUUCUAGUAUUUACAGACACCAAACAGGACCUGUUAUCGGCCCUUCGUGCAUUCUCUGGAUGCAAUCGAGGCUACCCUGGUCCUUGAGGGCCACAGUCUUGCAGGGUUCAGAAACACAUGUCAACUAAGAGAAUGCCAGUCUUCAUGGAAGCUAACACUGUAUAUAGAAAAGCCCCCAAGCACACAGAGUGGACUAACAAGGUAUGAAACAGACCGAAAACUUUACCAAAUCAGGUCAAACACUCUGUACCAGCUUUAUACAAAGUCCUUGAAAUUGACUAAACAAGGAGACAUUUCAUCUAGAGCUUUAAGGGAUGCAUACAACCUCUGGAAGGGCUAAUUUAGCCUGCUGCACCCCAAAAGGCUGCUUUGGGAGCCCAAAUAUGCAGUAAUGCCUCAUGUCAGGGGGGUGCAUUCACACUCUGUGAUAGAAUCUUGCAACAAAUGUGCCUUCUUACCUGUGGUGUCAGGCGGACUGAGUUAACCUCCUAACACUGACGUCACUUCUGUAAUAAAGAGCGGAGAGAAGGUGGAAAAGAGGAAGCCCUCUGAGAACAUGCUGUAAAUCCAAGAUUAAUUCAUGCAUCAUAUACGUAUCCAUAUACGUAUACAUCAAUCAGUGGGGGAUUAUGGGCAUCAAAUAGAGGCAGAAAUCAUACCUUUUCACUGAAAAUCACUCUCACCAGCAUGCAAGGAAGUAUGGUCAAAUGAUCUGUGCAAAUGCUGCACUAGUCUGGGGUGUAAAGAAAAAGAGCCAAAAUACAGUUAAGAGCAACUGGACCAGAGUACUCAAAUGAUUCAUUGCUUAAUUGUUAGUCAAGUAAAACAAACCAAACAAAAUUUAAAAAGAUGCUGAAGGAAAUCAGUUUAAUGGUAACAUUUCUGUCAUUUCCUUUUAAAACUCACAAGCCAUCAGUGGCAUCAAUACUUCCUUAUAUUAUGUCUACACAUGUACCAGUGCUCUCUUCAGGGUCCAAUCAGCUUGAAUCUGAUUUGAAUUUCUAUUCAGAACAUAUCACAAUCACAGCAUGAGAAUGCUUUUUGAACCUGUGUCAUCUGUUGGAAAAUAUAUAAA